AUGAGCUUCUUUCUUUGGGUUGUUGACAUUGUUGAUACCUUCAGGCUUCAGAAGCAACCAGCUAUGGACAAAAAGCAGUUUGUGACAUUCACGAAGAGGUACAUAAAGUUGUUGACACCAAGAGCUUUUCAAGAAGCAUAUAUUGAGGGGGCCACCAAAUUCUUGAUCUCUAAACUCAGCGACCUCCAAUUUUCUGUGGGGGAGAGCAUGCAUGAUGAUGGGAGCAUUGUUUUUGCAUACUACAAGGAAGGUGCCACCGACCCAACAUUUAUCUACCUUGCCUAUGGUUUGAAGGAAAUAGUGUGUUAA